AUGGCCAACCUCGAGCACACCAAGAAGACCUACACCCUGAACACCGGGGACAAGAUUCCCGCCAUUGGUCUUGGUACCUGGCAAUCCAAGCCUAAUGAGGUCCGGGAGGCCGUCAAGAAUGCUCUCCUGAAGGGCUACCGCCAUAUCGACACUGCUCUUGCCUACGGUAACGAAGCCGAAGUUGGACAGGGUAUCAAGGACUCCGGUGUUCCCCGCGAGGAAAUCUGGAUCACCACCAAGCUCGACAACACCUGGCACCACCGUGUCACCGAGGGUAUUGAAUCCUCGCUGAAGGACCUCGGCGUUGACUACGUCGACCUCUACCUGGUGCACUGGCCCAGCUCGACCGACCCCAAUGACAAGUCCAAGCACCUCCCGGACUGGGACUUCAUUAAGACCUGGCAAGAAAUGCAGAAGCUGCCUGCAACCGGCAAGGUCAGGAACAUCGGUGUCUCCAACUUCGGCAUUAAGAACCUCGAGAAGCUCCUGAACGACCCCAGUACCAAGAUCGUCCCCGCCGUCAACCAGAUUGAGUUGCACCCCAACAACCCCUCCCCCAAGCUGGUCGCCUAUAACUCCUCCAAGGGCAUUCACUCUACCGGCUACUCUUGCCUGGGCUCCACCAACUCUCCCCUAUACAAGGAUCCUACUCUCCUCCAGCUCGCUGAGAAGAAGGGCAAGACUCCUCAGCAGGUCCUGCUUGUGUGGGGUAUCCAGAAGGGAUGGAGCGUUAUCCCCAAGUCUGUUAGCAAGUCACGCAUUGGCGCCAACUUUGAGAUUGACGGCUGGGACCUGUCUGCCGAGGAGGUUAACCAGCUGGACAACUUGAAGGACCGCUUCAAGAAGGCUUAUAAAGCGAUCAGAACAAAGUUCCCAGAACAAGUACAGCAUGGUAGCCUACGACUCCAACCAGCCUUCGCACGUAUAAACCCUUCUCAGCCCAUCAACCGUGCUGCAGCAAUCCGCCAGGCCCGGCGCCGCCACUACUCCACUCGCGCGGGCUCCUUCGUUUCUUAUCUCCGAACUGGCCUGCAGGGUGAUCGCGCUGCCUACAAGACAUCCCGGGUUGCAGCAAACAUCAGCCGCCUUACCUCUCGCGCUCCCUUUGCGUCGACCCUUCGUCCGAACCUGACCGGCGGUACUCUAGGCCGUACGGCUGGAGGCUAUACUAUCGGUGCUGGUCGGAUCGGCGGUGCUCGGUACUUCUCGCAUGGUCCGGCUGCACCCGCUCAGGUCGUUCAGAACGUCUCUAUGGGUGUCCGAGCAUUCUUCCUCUCCGGCCAGAAGGCCCGGUUCGAUGGCAUUGACGCUAUCAGCGGAAACAAGAAAUACAAGGCCGUCAGCGCGCUUCAAGACCAGGCCGAGCGGAAAAUGAUGGGAAUCCCUCGGACCGCACCGGGAUCGUUCAUUGACUUCCAACUCUCCCCUACCAUCACAGCGUUUGGCCUGCAGAAGAAGUUUGACCCAUCCGGGGCCUUCGCCUGCGAGACACUCAACUCAGAAGGUCUCUUGGACUGCCUCUCUGCUGACUUUGCCCGUGCUCUCAAGGACCUAUCCGCCGUACUAAAUGAUCUCAAACGCUUGUCAACUUUGGGUGAUCUUCCCAUCUUACUUCACGACAGGUCGACGCUACGGGUGCGGUUCCCUGGGUGUGACGCAGCCACUGUUGAACGCCUUUGUGACGAGGUUGGGGUCCAACGAGGAAAGAUUAUGCAAGACGAGGAUUUUGAUAUCCGUACUGGUGCUGAUCUUGCCCUUCUAUUUCCUUUUGCCCCAAGUAUCCCGGCAUCCCCGGAGGUGGGUUACUUUUUCCCAAAGGAGCCGUCUGAGCCACAGGCCCCCGAAGAAGUUGACUGGCAAGCAAUGAUGUCUCCGAAGAGCCACACAGAGGCUUCGCCUGAGCUCUUUGAACGCUCAGGACCUAGACUCAGCUUUGAGGACGUAACCAUAUUCGGCGAGAAUCCGUGGCAACAGUCCUCUUCGUCAUCCGGAUAUUCAAGCGUGAACAUCAGCGAACUCGGUGACCGUUCGUUCUUCUGUGAGAUCUCGAGCACGGGCUUCCCUGAAAGUUCUUCUGAAUAUGAUGGAUCUGAUGGGAUACACCGAUUCAUCGCGGAAUGUAACCGCCCUUCAUAA